UUUAGCUUCACACUCCCAGCUAUGGCGAUCUUUCUACGACGUGGAUUCUCAAUCCGACACGCGCUUCUCCGACGAAGCUCAGCUCUCUACGGCUGUGAUCUCUUCAGCUCCGAAACGACGCCGCAGAGGAUUAUUCUCUCUCCUACUCCGGCCCUUGAGUUCGUGCGAGAAAGUCGCAGAGGGUUCGCGAAAGGCCGUAAUAAAUCAAGAGAUGAUUCUUCUGGAAGCACAAUUGAGGUUUUGCCGGAUAUGGGGCCCACCAUCAAGGCCAAUGCGAGUGCUCAUAUGGAGGCUUCAAUUGGUGCAUUGUUGGGAGAGCUGAGCAAAUUAAGAACGGGGAGAGCAUCUCCAGGAAUGCUGGACCACAUUAUUGUGGAAACCGGUGGUUUGAAGCUGCCGUUGAGUCAGAUAGCGGUUGUUUCUGUCAUGGAUUCGAAGACGCUGUCCAUCAAUCCAUUUGAUUCAAAUGCCUUGAGCAAUAUAGAGACUGCCAUCAUUGAUUCUCCCUUGGGUUUGAAUCCUAAGACCGAUGGGGAGCGAUUGAUUGCAGCUAUUCCCCCAUUGACCAAAGAGCAUGUUCAGGCUAUUUGUAAAUUGGUUAACAAGUCUUGUGAAGAUAGCCGAUUAAGCAUAAGAAGAGGACGCCAAAAGGCAAUGGAUGCAGUUAAAAAGUUAUAUUCAAACUACCCCAAGGACGACUUAAAAAGAUUGGAGAAAGAGGUUGAGGAGCUGACUAAAAAAUAUAUCAAGAAAGCAGAGGACUUGUGCAAAGCAAAGGAGAAGGAGAUUGCUGGAGGUUGUUAAAGGUUAUCCUAUUAAUCUUGAUUCCUGGGAGAACCCCCUCCCCUUUUGAAGGAGCUAUACCUGAAAUCGUUUUUGGAGAAGA